AUCACAUGACUGCUGUCUUGUGACAGAACAGAUAACCAGGGCACCGCGUUUUAACUGCCGUCGAUCUGCUCCCGAGCGCAAAGAGAUCUUAUUUCGGACUGGUUAUGGCGUCUUUUAACGUGUAAAUAUUUCUUAGCUACCAUUCCUUUCCUCGAGUGUGAGCUUUGAGGGCGCUUUUAGCAGCGUGGAUCACUCGGGGACAAAGUUGGCGCAUGGAGGAGGAGGAGGCGGGCGGUGAAGUCAAGUUGCAGUUCUCUUCGUCGUGUUUGCUUUUGUUUUGGUCGCUAAGCGUCGCGGGACAUCUUGACCAAUAGUGAAAGAACUGAAAGAAUCUUUUUAGUAAACGCGUGACUAUAAAAAUAUAGAUAUAAGUAUAAAUAUAGCAUUGAUAAUUCUUUUUUCCUGUAAAGAGCACACAUCAUUCCGUCGAAUAUGGAUAAUAAACCUCUUCUUCAAGACAGACCCCCGGCGUACAACAGCGUCCCCGGGGCUUAUAAUUACCAGCAGCCGCAGCCGGGGUAUGGAGCGAUCCCGCAACCCACUCCCGCACCUGCAGCCUUUCCAUCACCUCCUCCACCAUACCCCUUCCCCGCUGCACAAGGUCACCCAGCAGCUCCUGGCCUGGCUGCAGCCACAGGGACUCCAGCAAACUGUCCCAGCACAUACACCAUCAUUCAGCCCUCAGUGGUGGUGGUAGGAGGAUGUCCAGCCUGCAGGGUGGGUGUGCUGGAGGAGGACUUCACCUGUUUGGGGAUCAUGUGUGCUAUUUUCUUCUUCCCGCUGGGAAUUCUCUUCUGUUUGGCCCUGCGGCAGAGGAGGUGUCCUAACUGCGGAGCCACUUUUGGCUAGACGGACCAAACCACAGCCACGUCUUGCGGCCCAUUUGACCAUCGCCUGGGUUCUCUUUCUUUUCCUUUUUAAAUCCAUGUUUUACAUAUCAGUUUAAAAAUGCAAAUCAUGCAUACUAUUAUAUAUCAAUUUAUAAUAGCAAGUUGCCAUACGGUUUCUCAGUUACUUUUUUCCUUUAAACUAUUAGCAAAUGAGAAAGCAGCUUAAAUUUUGUAUUUUGACAUGCUCUAGCAACCUGUUCGUUUGUGUUUCUUUCUUUCUUUCUUUCUUUCUUUCCUUCCUUCUUUUUUUUAAAUCAUGUAAGCGAGACAUCGUGUCAUCGACUCACCGGUGCCUUUAAAUCAGCAAAACGGCCGCAAUUUAGAACCGCAGAAGAAUGGAGACCAUAAAGAGACAAGAAGUUAAGAAAUGAUGAUCACCAUGUGAACUCCUAAUCACAUCCCAAUCAUGGUUACAUAUGAUAAAAUCACCUUUUUCUUCUAAUUGAUUAAGAAUUCCUGUCCCUAUGAGGACUUCCUGUCCUGUUUUUGUACGAGACGAGGAUCUACGCUGCCUGGCGCUUUGUUUUUUUUUUUGUGUGUGUGUGGUUGGGAAUCUCAUCAGCCUUCAUUCAAAGAAGAAAAACAUGCUCAACACCCAGUCUUUUAAAACCACAAUCAGGAUUCAAUCAUGAUCAGGCUUCUAGAAGACCAAACCACUUCUUCUCCAUUCUCCACAGCAGGCCUGUUUUCAGUACGUUGAUCAUUACUUUUAUGCCAAGCGCCUUCAUUCCCUCUAGCACCGUGCUGCUAGUAACUCUGAGGUGUUUAUAAUCUCGCUCAAAACGGAUCGACCUUUUUCCCCGAAGAGUCUCGGCUGAAUUUCAGAAGCCAAAUUCCGAUUAGAGGACUUAUUAUAGGAUUAUAGGAGUGUUCCAAAUGAUUUGUUAAUUUCUUAAAUGUUAAACUUAAACCCGACACCUUUAUUGAUGAGCGAAUCUGCAGGUAGAAGAAUCUGUUCACAUGAGCCAGUAUGUCUAAUGGAUACAUACUCAACUCUUGAGACAAUACCAUUUUCAUGCAAAUGAAAGACAAUCAGAACUGUCCCAUUGUCUUCUAGUUUUUCCUCUUUUCCAUUGAAUAAAACAAAACGCCCUUGCUGCCAUUAUUUACCAUGUAAUUAAACAUCAGGGGAAAUUGCUUUAGACCACUGCAUGUAUAAUCAGUUCUUUUUAUAUGAACAAUAAUGUAAAUAAAACUUCUAGAUAUGCAGAAAUUCA